UGUCUCUCCCAAAGGUCGAUUCGGUGUUGUCCUAGCCUACAUGAUGAGAAGCUGCCCCGCGGGCGUGGGGCCGAUCGUUGCAGGAGAUGCUUAUUUAGGUGGUAGGACGUGGUCUCAGGGGCUUUGCGAAGCGGAUGUAGAUGUCGCGUGUUGGUGAGAGUAGAUGGGAUGGAUGGAUGGUUGGUGUUGGGUAAGGUACAGGUGCACUAAACUUAACGAGCACUGUACCUACAGCAUGACGGAAUCAUCCACUGCCCUUGGCUCGGUGAGCAGGACGGCCCGAGCUGGGGAGUGUCUACAGCGGUCAAAUCCCCUAACCUUACGAGUUUAGCAGAUUACACUGCGCCAAGCCAGCCCGAGGUGGGGGCGGGUGGAAAGCCUCCAACUUAUUCUCGACUCAGUUUAGCAGAGCCUCAACACCAUCAUAGAUUUUCUGUCACAGCUAUUUAUUCUCUCUGUGUAGACAUUCAUUCUUCGCUUCUAAACCAUGCAAUUCUCACGGCGGUGACGCUAGAUCAAUAUAACCCAGAUAAUUCUCUUAAUACCCUCCAAUGGCCCUCCGUUUCAUCCCUUCCAGAGCCGUUGUCGCCCGCUCAUCGGCUUCUAUAUCGAGCAUCACCAACCUCACUCGUGGCUCAAUACCCCUGCACCGCUCAUUCAUCACCCUCCCGUCCUCCGAACCUCAAAGAUUAACGGCCAACCGUACUCUACCAUACCCCCAUGAACCUCUUUACGAUCUCAUAGCCGACGUGGAUUCUUACUCAUCGUUCGUCCCUUAUUGCUCUCGCUCUCGAGUAACUCGCUGGUCUGAUCCCGACCCCGAUACCGGACGACGCUACCCCGCACUCGCUGAUCUACAUGUCGGAUGGGGAGGCUUCGAUGAGGUCUUCACAAGUCGAUUGCGUUGUGUUCCUGGCCAAUCUGUCGAAGCCAUCAGUGGGGAGACUGCUCCUGGGGGUACAGGGCCUGACGCAUCGGCUGUCUUCCGAAGCCUUGUGACACGCUGGUCCGUGAGACCUAUAUCUGGUCCACCUUCACCGCGCACUGAGGUCAAUCUGUCUAUCGACUUUCAGUUUACAAACCCACUCUAUGGCGCUGUAAGUGCUGCUGUGUCAGAUAAGGUCGCCAGCAUGAUGAUAGAAGCCUUUGAGAAGAAAGCCUUUGAGAGGCUAGGACCUCAACGGAAACUCUAAUAUUGACUACAUGUAUUAUUUGGGAUUACACCCCCAUUUUCCCCUCAUAUACUUUAAGGAAGCUAGAAAUGGUCUAGACUAGAUCACUCGUAUAGACUCAAGUGGGCAUACCACGAUUCACUUAAAACAUGCACGACACAAUGGAAGGGACCAUAGAAGGGACCAUAGAAGGGACAUACCCAACUCAUUCACGUCGAUCAAAAACAAGCUUAUCUUAAAAACAAAUUAUUCUUCUUCCUA